AUGGCUACCAGAAAGAUUUCUCAGGGACGAGCUCAGGAUUCGAUGGUAAAGAAUGUACGUACCUCCAUAGUUCGAUCUCUACGAAAGAAUGGUGAAAUCUGUGCAUACUGUUAUUUCCAUCCAAAGAAAGAAUAUGUUGGAGUGUGCCCACUCUGUUUGAACGAGAGGCUUCUGCUUUUAGCUUCAAAGCAGAGAUCGUCAAGAACCAAAUACUCUUCAUCUUCACCAAUCAUUAGCCUCCCUAAGAUCUUCACCUUGAGCUCUCUCUUCAGUCGCCUCGAUCUCCGUCACCGCAGGAAAUUCCAUCCAUCCUCCGAUCUUGACGUCUCCACAAGCCAAGAAGAUUCUUUUAUAUCAAUAAAAUUCGAAAAUGAUGGAAACGCGUCGUGGGAGAGGAAAACAGUGUCAGAGCUUUGUGUAGACAACACAAACUCAACAUGUAAUAAGGAAAAGCAGUCCCUUAUAACGAGCAGUACGAGUAUCGUAGAGCAUCAUAGUGUCAAGUCAUCUCUCAGGUGGCGCAAACGUAUUGGUCAUCUUUUCCAUGUCAUCAAACUCAGAUCAGGAUGGUCCACCUCUUCUCGUCAUGUGGCAUCAUCCAAGGUCGAAGGAACCAAAGUGAGGAAACAGGGUUGGAUGGUGAGGACCUUAACCAGAAGAAAAUCCAGGAAAAGUAAAAGUUGAAUUUUCAUAUAUUUAUUUAUUACACCUAAACAAAAUAUAUUUUUUUGGUGUUUAAAAAGGAAAAAAAAUAUUGCUUCCUUUUUUUAGUUUAAUAUUUGGUUUGGUCGUUUUGUCAAUGAUUGAUGCCUCUGUUUAAAGAAGAAAUAUUUUGAAGUUUUUGUUGUUGUCGUAAGUAAUGACAAUGCUGGGUCAUCCAUAAACUAAAUUGCUG